AUGGACAAGGAAGUUGAACUUUUUUCAGUUCAUGAUGCUGCUGAUGAUGAAAUGGUUUCUCAUGAAAUCUCACAACAAUCACAAAGACGCAAGGGUGGCCUUAUCACCAUGCCUUUCAUCAUUGCAAAUGAAGCACUUGCUAGGAUGGCUAGUUUGGGAUUAUUACCAAAUAUGAUAACAUAUUUGAUGGGAAGUUACAGACUUCAUCUUGGAAAAGCUACUCAGAUUCUUCUCUUAACUUCUGCAGCAAGCAAUUUCACACCUGUUGUUGGUGCUUUCAUUGCUGAUUCUUAUUUAGGUCGAUUCCUCGGUGUUGGAUUAGGAUCUGCUGUCAGUUUUCUGGGAAUGGCACUGUUGUGGUUAACAGCCAUGUUUCCACAAGCAAGACCUCCUACUUGCAACCAUCAAACAGGAGACUGUAAAUCAGCAACAAAAGGUCAAAUGGCAGUUUUACUCUCGGCGUUCGGUCUAAUGUCGAUUGGAAAUGGUGGUCUUUCGUGUUCUUUAGCAUUUGGUGCUGACCAAGUGAAUAGAAAAGAUAAUCCAAAUAAUCAUAGAGUCUUGGAAAUAUUCUUCAGUUGGUAUUAUGCUUUCACAACUAUUGCUGUCAUAAUAGCUCUCACUAUAAUUGUGUAUAUUCAAGAUCAUCUUGGUUGGAAGAUUGGUUUUGGUGUUCCGGCAGCACUCAUGCUUUUAUCUACUCUCUUGUUCUUUCUUGCUUCCCCUCUUUAUGUUAAGAUUACAAAAAGAACCACUUUGUUCACUGGUUUUGCACAAGUAACUGUUGCUGCUUAUCAGAACAGAAAAAUUCAAUUACCUUCUCAGAACUCAGCUGAAUUUUACCAUCACAACAAGGACUCGGAUCUUCUUGUUCCAACUGAUAGACUAAGGUUUAUGAAUAAAGCUUGUGUUAUUAAGAAUCGCGAGCAAGAUAUAGCAUCGGAUGGGUCAGCGACAAAUCCUUGGAGACUAUGCACAGUAGAUCAAGUCGAAGAACUAAAAGCCAUUGUUAGAGUAAUUCCAUUGUGGUCGACAGGGAUCAUGAUGUCCCUUAACAUUGGAGGAUCAUUUGGAUUGCUUCAAGCUAAAUCCUUAGACAGACAUAUUACCUCACACUUUGAAGUUCCAGCAGGAUCUUGUAGUGUUAUCAUGGGACAUUUGAGAGUAUAA